AUGCCCACAUAUGAAGCCCCUACCAUUAGCGAUCACGAAGAAUCCACACUGAGUGCUGAACCGGAAACUACAGACUCACAGGAGACCCCAAGCACUAUGAGCCAAAGCAAUGAUAACAAUAGUGUGCACCAGCGCCCCCGACAAAUCUUACCAGAUCCUGAGGUGUUUAAGGGAGAUAUUGCUUCCUAUCAGAACUUCAAACAUCUCCUGAAAGCGAAGCUCCAUGUCGACAGGAAGGCCCUGGGAGGUCCUUAUGAAUGCCUCUGGUAUGCCUAUGGACGAUUGUCUGGCAAUGCAGCUAGCCAUAUUCUUCCAUGGAUGAUUGCCAACGCUGAUUCGCCCACUAUGGUAAACGACGAUACAGUGACCAAACUCUUCGAACAUCUUGAUUUCAACUAUAUGGAUAAGGAGCUCCAGAGGAAGGCUAUGUACAACCUUAGCACAUUGAAACAAAGCAACAAAACCAUCAAUGAACUGCUUGCAACCUUUGACCGUUAUCUGAUGGAGGCUGGCCAACAGAACCAGCCUGACAAUAUGAAGAUUUUUUGGUUGGAAAACACCCUCAAUGACGAUAUAUUCAAUCGACUUGUUAACGCGCCUACCUGCAAAACAUUUAGCGAAUACUGUGUUCAACUCCAGGGUAUCUAUGAUAGGCAUCAGAAAUACCAACAGCGCUCUGCAGAACACCGACGUCCCCCUAAUCGACGGACAACUACACCCAUGUUUCCUCCUCCAGCAACCUCCCCCACAGCUACUCCUACCCAAGGAGACCCCAUGGACUGGGAGCCCACCAUUUCUCAUGCCCGAAACCCCCAACGCAAGCGGGCUCGAUGGGUCAGUGGUAAAGAGAUUGAGCGCCGGAAGCAGGAGAGAUGCUGUUUCCGAUGCGGCUCUGCUGGUCAUCAGAUUAGCCAGUGCCCUUUUCUCCCUGCACAACGUCCUACAGCGAGGGUUGCUGAAUUCACCGCAGAGGAUGUCACAGAUGCUGUCCUGGAUGACACCCAAACCACACCAGUGCCUGAUGUACCUUCGGGAAAAGCCUAA